AAUUGAAACCAACCUAAAGCUCCUUUUUUAUUAGUCUAGAGGUAGAUCCGAUUAUUGCUAACUUAAGCAUCAGAAUGUCUACCCCGAGGACCCACCUCAGGGCUUUUCAGGUUAAUUCGAAGUGAAGAUGCGGACUGAAAAAGGAUCUCUGGUUUGGUGCAAUUGCAUUGGCGCCGUCUGUGGGAAACCGAAUUGAAAGCUCUCUUGUUGCUCUCUCAUCAUGGUUAACACUCGAUCAGUCUGAGCUGGAAACCAAUCUCAACCUCUUGGACAAGGUCAACUCCCCAACAACCUUCCACCUCACCUCCCACCUCAAAUCCCAAAUAUGUUCCCUCCUAUUGAUCAUACAGAAGGAGGAGAUGAAAACCAACCUCUUAACUCAGCUCACAACUCAGCUUCCACCGCUAAUCAAGACGUAGUUACAGCUUAGCUUGCCGCCAUGCAACAACAGUUUGGUGUCUUUCAAUUAGUAUUGGCUCAGCUCCUAGCUCGAAAUAAUCCUGGCGAUCCCCUCAUCAAUUUACUCAACCCUGCUCCACCACCCCCAGCUCAACAGCAAGAUCCUCAACCAGUUCAGCAUGCUCCUGCUCUCAGUGAGUCUCAAGGUCAGUCUCACGUAGCCCCAGCUCAACAACCUCUACCUGAUGAUGUCACUCGACAUCUAGACAGUUUAGAAAAAUUGGUAGCCAAACAACGAGGUGCCCCACCUCCACACCAUAAUACUGACUCCAUACCUCAUCCUCUGAACACCAACAUCACAUUGGAACCUUAUCCCGCUGGCUUCAAAAUUCCUCAGCUCGAGACAUAUGAUGGGACGAAAGAUCUUGAUGAUCACCUCCAUGCCUUCUACUCCUGUAUGCAAGCUCAGAAUGCCUUUGAUGCGUUAAUGUGUAAGAUCUUUCCCUCCACUCUCCGUGGUAAUGCCCGUUGUUAUUAUAGUUUGCCCCCAAGAUCUAUCAGCUCCUCUUCAGAAAUGGCAUCUGCUUUUGCCAUAAAGUUUUCCAGCAAAAGGUUGAUCAGGAAAACUACUUUUGAACUUAUGGGAGUCAAACAGAGGGACGGAGAAUCUCUAAAGAAUUACAUGAGCAGGUUCAAUGAUGCAGUUCUUGAAGUCAUCUCCUUCAACCAAGCCGUGGGAAUUGCGGCUGUAACUCAAGGUCUCCAACAUGAAAGAUUCAGAGAUAGCUUAAUAAAGUAUCCUGCUACUACUUUCAACGAGGUUAAUGACAGAUCGUUGAAAUUCAUAACUGCUGAGGAAUAUGCUUUAUCCCAGAAACCAGUUUUUCCUAGAAAUCAAAACCCAGAUUGGAGAGAUGAGGGUCAAAGCAGAAAACGGAUGAAGACAGUACAUAACCGAGGUCUGAUGAUGACCUCCACAUCGAAAUUUGGAAAGCCGAACUCAGUACCUCCCCAGCAAAAUAUCAGUAAAACACCAGUUACAUGGACUCCUUUCAAUUUGCCAAGGUCACAGAUAUUCAUGCAAAUAAAAAACAAGAUGGAUUUGAGGCGACCAGGGCCGAUGAGAAGUUCUGCUGCUACACAUGAUCAUACUAGAUACUGUGAUUUUCAUCAAGGUCAUGGUCAUACAACGGAGCAGUGCAAUAGUCUGAGGUCCGAGUUGGAAAGUCUAGCUCAGAAGGGAAUGCUAAAUGAAUACAUCCAACGAACCGAGCAACCGAAGUACAAUGGUCCUACCUAUGGAUUCAACAACCAACCUGUUCAAGUAGAAGGAGUCCUUACUCUCCUUGUUGCUUUUGGGAGUGGCCGAACUUAUGUUACCCCUUUAGUUCGGUUUCUAGUUGUCAAAAUGACGUCCUCUUUCAAUGUUGUUAUUAGCCGACCCACAUUAACCGAAAUUCGAGCUGUGGUCUCCCAGUCUUACCUCUACAUGAAGUUCCCAACUCCCAUGGGGAUAGCAACACUACGGGUAAUGGGUGUUGAGAUAGUAGACAACCGACCAGAGGAUGAAACCAGAGCUACUCCAGUCGAGGAUGUCGAGGAAAUGAAUAUUGACGAUAGAGAUCCAAGCAGAAAGACACAAAUUGGAACUCGGUUGAGCCCGAAGGAAAGAGCAGAGCUAAUAGCUUUUCUUCGAGCUAACAACGAUAUUAUAAAAGAAGAGGUAGAGAAGCUCCUACAAGUUGGUUUCGUCAGAAGAGUUGAUUACUGCGAAUGGGUGGCUAACCCAGUGUUGGACCAACUAGUUGAAGCGACUUCUAGAAAUGAGAGAUUAAGUCUCUUAGAUGCAUAUUCUAGUUACCACCAGGUGUCGGUGGCUCUGGAGGAUGAAGAGAAAACCUCGUUCUAUGCUGGUGAUGAAAUUUAUUGCUAUGUUAUGAUGCCAUUUGGCUUAAAGAACGCAGGUGCUACUUACCAGAAAAUGGUGACCAUCAUCUUCCGAGCUCAAAUCAACAAGAAUUUGGAAGUUUAUGUCGAUGACAUUGUGGUAAAGAGCCUGAAAGCAGAAGACCAUCUAGCUGAUCUCAAUGAAACAUUCAACAACCUCAGAAAGAAUAGAAUGCGGAUUGAGGUCAACCCAAAAAAGAUCAGAGCAAUUGCCGAGAUGGAACCGCCAAAGUCGGUGAAAGAUAUACAGAGAUUAACUGGAAAGGUGGCCGCUCUUCAUAGAUUCAUAUGGAAGGCAGCAGAUAAGUGCUUGCCAUUCUUCAAGAUCAUGAGGUCAGCAGCCCAAAAGGACGAAUCUAGCAAACAGAAGAAGUUUGAAUGGAACCAAGAAUGUCAAGCUGCAUUCGAUGAGCUGAAGUCUUAUCUUAACUCACCACCCUUACUGACUAAGGCUAUAGAUGGAGAAAUUCUCUAUUUGUACCUCGGUAUUUCAAACGAAGCAAUUAGUUCAGUUUUGGUGAAAGAAGAAGGCAAACACCAAAAAUCAAUUUAUUAUAUCAGCAGCGUGCUGCGCGGAGCAGAACUGAGGUACCCUAUUGCUGAGAAAGCAACACUAGCAGUUGUCACUUCAGCUAGAAAAUUGAGACCGUAUUUCCAGUCACAUCCAAUUAUAAUCCUCACAGACCAACCUCUUCGACAGAUCCUUCAGAAGCCAGAGUGUUCUAGAAGGUUAAUUAAGUGGGCAGUAGAACUGGGGGAAUUCGAGAUAACAUUUCAGCAGAGAUCUGCGAUCCGGGCUCAAGCACUGGCAGAUUUCAUCGUGGAAUGCACCCCAUCUGGUGCUUUCUUAAUUGGCCCAAAUGGAUACCGAAGUGAACAUGCUCUGAAAUUUAACUUUGAUGCAACAAACAACAUGGCUAAGUAUGAAGCUCUGCAACUUGGUUUGCAACUAGCAUUGGAGUUGAAAGUAAUGGCGAUACAAGUAUACAGUGACUCACAACUUGUGGUUAAUCAAGUCAACUCAAUCUGCGAAGUUGUUGAUCCUGUGAUGAUGAAAUAUGUAGCCCUGGUGGCUGAGCUAAAGUGUAAAUUCCAGAAAUUUUGUCUAAACAAAAUUCCCCAGACUGAGAAUGAACAGGUAGAUUCACUUUCUAAGUUCGCCUCUGAUAGCUCUUUAAGCUCCAGAUCAGUUUCCGUGGAAGUUUUAGAUGAACCAAGCUUCAUGAAGCCACGAAUGAUGGAGGCUGAGUACACACUUCGGGAGGUGCAUGAAGGUGUAUGUGGAAGCCACAUUGGUGCUAGAAACCUGGCUCACAAAGUUCUCAAGCAGGGAUAUUAUUGGCCGAAUAUAUUGUGGCUAACAAUGGUACCCAGUUUAACUGCUCCUCCUUCCGAACUACAAUUCACCUCGGUUUAUCAUCCAAAGUCCAAUGGUAUGGUAGAAUCUGUUAAUAAAUCUAUCUUAAAAGGAAUAAAGCCGAGGUUGGAGCAGCAUAAGGUCAGGUGGGCAGACGUGCUCAACAACGUCCUUUGGGCAUAUAGAACUACGAGCCAAACUGCCACAGUCAGAGAAGAAGCACGACUUCGAACUCUUGUAUACAAGCAGAAAUUAGCCAACUUCUACCACAAACGAGUCCGCCCUCGAACAUUCAAAGUAGGAGACCUUGUUCUCAGAAAGGCUGAUCUAACAGGGUUUGAAACUCAUUUUGGUAAACUGGCCCCAAACUGGGAAGGCCCUUAUACGGUGGCCGAAGUGCCACAUCCUGGUGCCUAUGUCCUCCAAGACGCUGAAGGGAAGAGAGUUCCUAGAGUUUAGAAUAUUAAUAACUUGAAGAAAUUUUACCCCUAAUAAACUUCUUUCAAGUGAUCUAUGUCUUAUUCUCUUUUAUACUUAUUACUUCUUCAUUAUUGAGAUUCAUUUUAUCUCUUAUUCUGUAUAUCUAAGGUCAAUUUGUUUGAAAUUUACUCCUUGGACUUCACUUUUAUUAAUGAAUGUCACUUCACAUA